AUGACGACGAUGAAGAAGCAACCCCCGGUGACUGCGGGCGGUUUCUUGGAUCACCGCCUGGAAGCGUUAUGCGCAACAAUCGAAGCAUCCUCGACCGAGUCCCUCAUCUCAAUCACCGACACCGCAACAGUCGAGCAUGAGGAUGAACCUCCCGCUUAUUCCGAACACAAUGAAUCAUCAAGUCUGAUCCAGAACCACGAGAACUCAUUGCAUUUGUUAACGGGCGGGUCAAAUGCGUACGAAAUACCCGGGGGUCGCGUUCACACCUCCAAACGAGAAGGCAAAACGUAUACAAUCUCGCUCGCCCCAUACCUAUCGUCAAACGCUGAAGUGCUGUAUAAGUUCUUCAAGCUGCAAGCGGCCUUACCCCCCCUGGUAUUUGUCUCUGUGAAAGGAACACAUACCUUGACUAGGAGGAAUGGCGAUAAACAAAUAUCAAGCGAGACAGUAACAGAUUUCGAUUUCCUUGUCGACGGAAGCGACACUAUCCUGCCGCCAGCAGGGCGGUUAAAUAGGGCUUUCCAGGUGUUAAAGGUAAUACAGGAUAACGAUGGCAUCCUGGCCUACCGGGGUGGACGGUUUCGGAGCACCAACAAGAGUGGGCUCUGGAAGAAGGGCCGCAAUAGUCUACUUGAGGAUGGAGCCCAACCGGGGACUGGCCCUACUCUCGAAGAAUGGUGCCAGAGGUUUUGCAAUGACAAAUCCUCCAUAAAAUCCUUUACACUUCAUCGAGAUAUUGUCAAUUGGAAUUUUGAGCUUAUUCGGCGUGAGAUUAUUUCCAUUAUUCGGAUGACCAAUUACCGUGGCGUAAUCUCUGUAUCGCCUUUUAUACGUCAAUCUCGAGUUACAAUAUACUCUCCGUCUUUGCUAAACCGCCUACGUACCAACUCAUUCGUCUGGUGGGUUUGCGUGAUCCUUCAGCUAUGGAUUAUUACCUGGCCUCUAUUAAUCUUACUUGAGAGACGAUAUGAAAUUGUCCGCGUUGAGCACCACGUCUCCCGCGGCUCAGUAUAUGCCUCUCCCGGCGGAUCAGAGGGUGGCUGGGUUGCUAUGUUUUCCCCUGCAAUAAAGGCGGCAGCUUUGGGUAAGAGAACUGGAGAAGUUGUUACCAAGGCAGAUAUCCCGCGAGGAGAAGAAAUGCUUCGCGAUGUGCAGAGUCAACAGCUCGAGCAAGAAAGGCAGGAUAGAAUGAUUCGAGGCGAAGCCACGUGGGCAGACUCGGUUGUCGGUAUUGUAAGAGGACUAUCGGAUAUGACAAGACAAUGGAAUACUGAUAGAGGAUGGGGAGGUGACGAGUAG